AUGGACAUCAAUUCAUUGCUGUCUCCGGACUCGAAUACAAAGUCUGGAAAUUCGACUCCCGUGCCCGGUCCUACGUCGAACAACGCACCGACCCCUGCUGCAGGACCAUCUUCCCAUAAAGUCAUUCAAAGAGCUCGGUCGGGUCCCGCUCGCAAAGGGAAGACCUCCUCGCCUUUAGCGCAGCACGUCUAUGUCCCGACGACUGGGAUUCCCGAAUCAUCCCCGCCCGCGCCCAACCACAACCCCAACCCCAAAGUUACCGGCAAUGGUGCACCCUCUACGACCGAGUUGCCGCCGCAGUUAAGACAAGCAUCGACACCUGGGAUGGAUACACUGGCCGACUUAGCUGCAUUGCAGCAUCAUCAGCCGCAACGGCAAAACGCUUCGAGCAUGCUCCGCAGCACCGAGUCGUACGAGAGUCAGCUGUCCCCGUCAACUAUCCAUCCACACGUGAACCCGAUCAACCACAACACCCCUACGCCGCGCACAUCGUUUGAUAUCGCCAUGUCCGAAGGUCCUCGUGAAAAUGCGCGCAGGGGUUACGGGCAAACAUCUUUGGACCCGGACGCGCAGCGCCUGGCGACAGAAGCAUUCAAUAUCAUACAAGAAAACCCGCAUACUUAUGACGCGCACGUCAAAUUCAUCGGUAUCCAUGGCGACCCGCGUCGCUACGACCUACUGAAUGAUCUGAGGAUAGCUCGCGAGGAGAUGGACAAGCUUUUCGCCAUGGGUCAAGAUCUUUGGGCUGAAUGGAUCGCAGACGAAACUCUGCUGGCCCAUACAGUAACUGAGCGUAUUGCUGUUAUGGAGCUAUGUCAACGAUCAGUCGAAGAGGAGUUUGGGAGCACCGAACUCUGGAAAAUCUAUGGUGACUGGGUGCUCCAUUUAUACAAAGAGGCAUAUGAGCAUGGGCCUGGCCAAUGGACCGAAGAAGAUCGAAUGAUAGGUCGCGAAGUGUUCAGCUGGCAAUUGGUCUUGGACGUCUGGCAACGAGCUGCGGAAGCUACCAAAUGGAUGAUCAACGAUGUCGAAGGUGUCUGGGAUAGGUUCCUGGAGGUUCUUGACAACGACAUUGACCGGGCUUCUCCCAAUUCUCAGGAACGAAUCGGGAAAAUCAACAAUCUCAAAAAUCUGUGGGACACCCGACUGCAGACCCCUCAUGCCGAGUGGGACCAGUCAUUCCAGAAAUUUUCCGGCUUCAUUUCUAAGCAUUAUGGCCCCGCCAACUACGAAGAAAUUAUGGCCAAGACAGUCGCCGCUGCCUCGGAAGCCAAGGGUCUCUAUGAAACACGAGAGAAAUCCGAGUCUGAACUGAAAAAGGCUCAGAAGUCUGGUGAUAAGACUCUCGAAUGGGCAGCGUACUCAGAGUACAUCGAUACCGAACUCGCCCGAAAGCGUCCAGUGGCUGGACGGCGGAAUGGCUUCCAUCUAUUUCACUUCGAGCUUGUCAAUGCUGUCUACCAACGAGCAGUCUUGCGCUUCCCCACGGAUGUUUCUCUUUGGGAAGACUAUGUCAUGUUUCUUAUUGACCAAGCUAUGCAUGGCCAUGCUUCUACCACUACAAUCGCAACCCUGGAUCGUGCAACACGCCAUUGCCCCUGGUCCGGUAACCUUUGGUCUCAAUAUCUUUUGAGUUCAGAGCGAGAAGGUCAAUCGUUCUCCAAAAUCUCCAAUAUCAAGCACAAGGCUACCAGCACAGGUUUACUCGAUGCUGGAGGCAUGGAGGAAGUUUUGAAAGUACACACUACUUGGUGCAGCUAUCUCCGUCGACGUGCUUUCUUCUCAGACUCGACCGAUGAGGAUUUAGACGUUGCGCAAGUCGGCAUCCUAUCCGCAAUGGAAAGUGUGCAAGAGCUAGGCGAGAAGAAGUAUGGUCAGUCAUACCAAGGCGAUCCGCUUUUCCGCUUGGAACGCAUCUAUAUUCGAUAUCUCAGCGAAAGCGGCAGCUGGGAUAGCGCAAGAGAGAAGUUCAAGGAUCUCAUCCCACGCCGUGGCAAUAGCUACGAGUUUUGGCUUGUCUACUAUGGCUGGGAACUCAUUUGCUGGAGGAAAUUUGUGCUAGGCGAAGCGACUGUCGACGCAGCGAGACGAACUCCCAGCCCAAGCUAUGCGACUGCUGUACUGAAACAGGCCAUUAAACGGACGGACCUCGACUGGCCAGAGAAGAUCGUGCAAACUUAUAUUGCUCAUUGCGAAGACUACGAAGACUCUGACGAGCUUCAGCUUGCUGUUAUUGAGACUCGAAAAGCCGUGAGGGCUGUCAACGCUCGCAGAGAAAAUGAGGCCCGCGAAGCCGCGGCAGCUCAAAAUUUGCAGCAACAACAAUGGGAGGCGGCUGCUGAAGCCGAGGCGUCCUCGUCGGAAAAGAGAAAGCGCGAAGAGGAUGAGAUUGAUGCCAACGGCGAACCGACAACCGUGAUCGUGAGAACGCAACAGUUGUGGCCAAAAACCUCCCGCGGGGGGGUGACAGAGCUCCAGGUUCGACAGUUUUUCAGGAAUUAUGGCACCAUCAACAGCGUGAAGAUCCUGACUGGCGAAGAGGAGAACGCAACUGCGCACGUCGAGUUUGAGGCCAGAGAAGACGCUCUGGGAGCCCUAGCCCGUGAUCAGAAGCUCCUCAAUGACAAUAUCAUCCAAGUGCAGCUUGAGUCAAGCUCGACCCUGUGGGUUACCAACUUCCCCCCGACUGCCGAUGAGGAUUCCAUUCGUCAACUAUUUAGCAAAUAUGGUGAGAUCGUCGAUGUGCGUCUUCCUUCGCUCAAGUUCAAAACCAGUCGACGAUUUUGCUAUCUUCAAUUUUCCUCGCCCGCGGCCGCCCUUAACGCCACCGAACUUGACAAUACUGUUCUUGACAAGGGCUAUAAGCUUAGUGCGAAGAUCUCGGAUCCUAUGAACAAGCAAUCUCGCACCGGCGCUACGGAAGAAGGCCGGGAGAUCCAUUGCAAGAAUCUCGAUUUCAAACUGAAUGAGCAAGAUGUCGAAGAACUCUUUCUGAGAUUUGGAACGGUUGAAAAGGUGUCCAUGCCACGGGAUAAUAAUGGCCGAAAGAUGGGAUAUUGCUUCGUCAUUUUUUCCACCAAGGAGGAAGCCGAGGCUGCUCUCUCGAUGAACAACGAAACGUUCGGCUCUCGCGCCCUCGUGGUGACGAGGAGUGUUCCUCAUGCCAAGCGUAUGACGCAUACCUAUAUUUCUGGCGUUGACAGGUCGCCAUCUGUGGAAGUUAAUGGCGAUAGAUCAAAUGCUGCGCAUAGCCAUACUGCUAGUGAUCAUCGCGAACGUACACUUGCUUUGAUGAAUAUUCCCGAUACGGUCAAUGAGGCACGCAUUCAGGCCAUGGUAGAGCCUUUCGGACAGUUAAUCAAGAUUUCCCUGAGGCCGGAUCACCAAGGUGCCAUCAUCGAAUAUGCCAACGUGCAAGACGCCGGCAAGGCGGCUUUGGCACUGGAAGGGAAGGAGAUUGCCCCGGGUCGGGCACUUCACAUCGGUGGUGUAGCGGAGUUGAUGGCACUCAAAGCCGAGAGGAAGACUGAUCGAAUCACGUCUAUCAAACCGGAGAAGCCUAAGGUCAGCCUCCAACCUGCUGGCCCUAUCAAGCGCCCCCAACAACCUGGAGCUCGUGGGGGUCAUGCGGGCCGUCGUGGAGGACUGGGCCUGAGGCGGGCCAUGGCCGCACCGCCGCCACCCAAUAAUGACCAAAUGGAUACUACCCCUGACGACAAGAGCGGCGAGAGUGGAAUGCCUAAAAAGAGCAAUGACGAUUUCCGUGCGAUGCUACAGCAGAAGCAGAAGCGCGAGGAAUGA